CAGGUGAUAGUUCACCGUGCAAACUCACAGUGCAGACCCCCGGGCAUCAUCUCGAGGCAUCACACAAAUGUGGGUGGGGUCGCUUUGAUGCGCAACCAGACCAGCAAUGUGCACUCCACAGCAAACCCUUUAAAGUCCAUUUAAACUUCCAAUAAGAGCAAAUAGGCUGCAGGAGGAGACUGAAAGAGGGAGAGAGAGAGAGAGAGAGAGGGAGGCGUGGGGGGCUCUACUUCCUUAGUGUCAGGCAAAGAUUGGUGAGAAAUAUUCGGCUGAGAAUUACAUAAAAGCUAGAAGGAGGAAUAACCCUGACUGGACAGAAACUGAGAGGGUACAGGGUGAGGGAGCGAGCACUUGCAAGUCUUCGAGUCGUGAGUAGGACGUUUAUUACCACUGUUUUUCUGUGCAUCUGUUUUUCCUCUCGUAUUUAUCACCAUGGCAUGGCCGUGCAUUACGCGUGCCUGCUGCAUCAACCGCUUUUGGACCGAGCUGGACAAAGCGGACAUCGCGGUGCCUUUGGUUUUUACCAAAUACUCGGAUGUUGCAGAUGUGCAGCAUCUCGCCCAUCACCCGCAGCCGAAACAGAAGAGGCCCGGUGCCAUUGCCAUAGAAACCCAGCCCCAUCCAGGCGAGCAGGAGGCAGGGAAGGCACCGCCCGCGACGGGUGCCGCAGCGGGCAAAGAUGGCUCUACUGCGUCCGUCAUGCGCCAAGACUUCAAGGCGUGGAGAGUGCGCCCCGAGCCCAGCUGCAAACCCAGAAAUGAGUACCAACGCUCGGCCACACCGUUCAACAACGAAACUCAGUAUCAGAAGGAUUACAAGCCGUGGCCUAUACCGAAGAAGAACGACCACCCUUGGAUCCCUAAACCGAGCCCCACCGCCACCUCAGGAGGCCCGGAGCGGAGCGCAGGGAGCGGUGGUAAGCUGGAGCACGCUGCAGCCGAGGCCGAGACCGGCGUGGAGAAGAGCGAGAUCGAGGAGAAGACACAGGAGAAGGAGUCAAAGGAGGUGAUCAAGAAAAGCGUGAAGAGGGAAAAGUCGGCAGAGAGGCAAAAGGUCGAAAAGACGGAGACACAGGUGCAACCUGCAGAUGUGAGUGCCGAGCAGAGGAAAGGCAGAGCGGCCGCAGACGCUCUCAACAGACAGAUAAAGGAGGUUAUGUCGACUUCUAGCAGCUACAGGACUGAGUUCAAGGCCUACAAGGAUGUGAAACCAGUGAAGGCCAUUAAAGCUCCAUCUCAGUACAAACCCCCAGUGGAGGAGACCAGUCUGGAAACCAGCUACAGCGCCACAUAUAAGGGGGAGCAGGUGAAGGUUCAACCCACCGACAACAAGGUGGUGGAGCGCAGGAGGAUACGCAGCCUGUACAGUGAGCCUGGCAAGGAACCUGCCAAGGUGGAUAAACCAGUGUCUCGCACCAAACCAAAAAAGACACCAACGACAACAACAGGGAAGAUGGUGAAAAAAUCAAAAGAGAAGCAGAUGGCUAGUUCCCUGUCAGCCAAGAAGAAGCCAUCUUUGAGCGCCGCAGAACCCAAACCAGAGGGAGUCGUCACAAAGAAGAGCAAAGAGAUCAGCAACAGACUGGCUGAGGCAAAGCAUUAAAAGUAGUUCAUCUCUUACACUUCUAUGUGCGCGAUCAAAGGCUACUUGACAAAUUAGGCAAAUUUCUUCCCUUCGGUUUCUUUCCUCACCUGUUCUCUUUGCUGUCCUGUCAUAUAUUGUUCACCUACGAAUGGGCACCGAUGUUGAGCUUUUAGACUAAUGCAAAUACUUUCACUGUAAACUGUGUGUGUGUGUGUCUGUGUAUGUGUGUGUGAGUGAGUGUGUGUGUAUGUAAAUGUGUGAAAGUGUGUGACUCCUUGUAUUUUGGUGCACAGAAACGCUUUAUAUUUAUUGAGCACAUGAUUUGCACAUUAUUUAUAUGAGUUCAGUUUGGCAUCAAACUAUAUUUAAAAAAAAAAAAUAGAGCUAUCAGUACACAUGUAUGUGUUUGAAAGGGCAUUUUUACCUUUGUCUGAAUGGAUGACACUUCAGAUAAAUAUUAAAAUGAUUGUAGAAAAUGUCAAGAGGAUGCUUUUUCUCUGAGACUGUAUCACAUGAGAGGUUUUUAUGAAAGUACAAAAUCUGUUUUACGGUUGCGUUUCCUAGUUACAGUGCCUCCGCUGUAUGGUCCUGGUUUUCAUUUCAUUGUUCUGGAUGAUAUCUGGUUUCAUCAGUUUGGUUGCUAAGAAACCAAAUGAACUGUAAUAUAAUUGCUACAGCUUGCAUGCAGGACCCCAUUUUCGGUUGAGUAGCAACAUUUUUAGCAGACUAUACUCAGUCACAGUCACAUUUUAGCUUGUAAAUUGAGCCAUUUAAGAUAAAUGUAUAAAGGCAAGACCUUUCCAAAUAUAAUGCAUGUGUAGUAAUAGAUUCUGGUCACACCGAAAAAAACUAAAGUACAUACAGUAAGUAAAAUCAUAGUCUAGUGGCUGGAAAAGCUAUAAAAAAAAUACACACACCAGCAAUAUGGUUUCACCCACAAACAUAUUUCUUGCAAUCUAAAUGGAGAUCCACUCCUUUUGAUUUAAUGGGAAUACUGCAGUUGUUACGAUGACUCGGUAUAUUGUGACAUUGUACAUCCUCUCCUCUCCUUUGAGCUGUGACGCUGUAAUUGUGCUAAAUAAGAAAACAAAAAAAUGCAUAUAGGCCCGAUCCUAUAUUUACUCAAUUCCCUCUCUCUUGAAUGGGCUGAUCUCUCCAGGUGUUGAAGGACAAGGAAUGGGGCCAGGACUUGUAGUUCUCUAAAAAAAAUGUAAAAAAAAAAAGCUGCUGUCUGAAAAAAUGCGCAAAUCACGUCUGUUCAUUGUGAGCCUGACAUGUUUUUACUAAAAUGUCAUCACAGCCUUCUCUCUCUGGUUGUUUCACACAGUCACCUAAACCGUGAUACCCUUAGUGGCCAACAUGGCUGCAGUGUGUGAGGGCCAAGUCGAGCACUACCCACCCACCGUGAGUCUGCUUCCAGUUUUAGCUUCUGUGUGUGUGAGAGAGAGUGAGCGAGUUUUUUCGUGUCUGACCUCUACAGCCUGCUGCCUGCUAGCAUCAAGUCUGACCCAACCAUGAGACGUGCUGCUAUGCACUCCUACACCCUGGUGCUAUAUCUCUCAUCGUAUAUGCUGUCUAGUUUGGACUGUGUGUGUGUUGUCAGACCAGAGUGAAAUGAUGAUAUGACAACGUCAUGCCGCUGCAGACAUGUUGUGAUAUUGUGCUUGUAUUCUCAGCUUGCUCUGAAUGAUCUCUGAUUAAAAUGAUGAUACACGA